GAAGAGGAGGAGAAGAUUGGGACAUCUGUUUAUGAUGGAGACCAUGUUGAGACAUUCUCUAUAUCCGGAGAGCAACAGCAGGAAAAUCACAGAGCUAAGAGGUCUCACCCCUGCCCACAUUGUGAGGAGAUUUUCCCAAUUCUAUCAAAACUAGAAAUGCACUUAAAAAUACACACAGGAGAGAAUCUGUAUUCCUGCACUGACUGUGGGAAGAGUUUCACAACAUCACAGGCUCUGACAGUUCAUCUGCGAGUCCACACUGGAGAAAAACCUUACUCCUGCUCUAUCUGUGGGGAGAGUUUCUCUCAACAGAGCAGCUUAAAAACACACCAACGUGUACACACAGGAGAGAAGCCUUACUUGUGCUCUGACUGUGGGAAGAGUUUCUCCACAUCAAGCAGCUUAAAAACACACCAACGUAUGCACACAGGAGAGAAGCCUUACUCCUGCUCUGACUGUGGGAAGAGCUUCACCUCAUCAAGCAGCUUAAAACAACACCAACGUGUACACACAGGAGAGAAGCCUUACUCCUGCUCUGACUGUGGGUCGAUUUUCUCUCAACACAGCACCUUAAAACAACACCAACGUGUACACACAGGAGAGAAGCAUUACUUCUGCUCUGACUGUGGAAAAUGUUUCACAAGAUCAGUUGAGCUAAGAGUUCAUUGGAGAACACACACAGGAGAGAAGCCUUACUGCUGCUCUGACUGUGGGAAGAGUUUCUCUCAACAGGGCCAUUUAAAAUGUCACCAGCGAAUACACACAGGAGAGAAGCCUUACUACUGCUCUGACUGUGGGAUGAAUUUCUUUCAACAGAGCGGCUUAAAGUCACACCAACGUAUACACACAGGAGAGAAGCCUUACGUGUGCUCUGACUGUGGGAAGAGUUUUUCAAAUCAGAGCAACUUAAAAACACACCAACGUAUACAUAAAGGAGAGAAGCCUUACUCCUGCUCUGACUGUGGGAAGUGCUUCACAACAUCAACUGAGAUAAAAGUUCAUCAAAGAAGACACACAGGAGAGAAGCCUUACUACUGCUCUGACUGUGGAAAGAGUUUCACCCGAUUGGCUACCUUAAAAACACAUCAAUGUAUACAUAAAGGAGAGAAUUCACAUCACUUCUCUCAGACCAGCUAAGAUUAAAGACACUCCAUCAAUUAAUCCUCAUCUCAUAAAAGAAGUGGUAACAAUGAAUUUGAUAACAUUAAGAAAGAGCAACACUAUUGUAAUCAUAUUGUUUCUCACUGUGAGGGAACUGUGAAGAGGAAAGAGUGCGUUAUAGAAAGAUGUCAUUGGAAAUUCUAUCCUUUUUUUAAUGCGCCAUGUGCACAUGUGUUGAUGUUGGGGUGGUGCUGGAGAUGAUGAAUAUGAAGUUGAAACAUUUUAGAAAUUUCCCAUUAAGGCAAAAACAAUAGGAUGGUGGUUGGUCGGGUGGAUGGAUGGGUCAGCAUAUUUCAUGAACGUCUAGCAACUCAAAGGUUUCAUGUUUGAAUCUCAUCACGGACAAAUUUAGCAUUUUAGCUAAUAAGCACCGUUUCAACUACACUACAU